AUGGCGUUCGCCAAGGCACCAAGAUUAAGUAGAGAUGAUCUCCUUGGGAAGCGAGCGGGGACUAGGAGUUUCAAAGUCUACUCCGAUAAUCAGAAAACUGAUCCAGCAUGUACAUUGAGAAAAGCCGUAACAAUUAGCAGUGUAGCAACUUCUAACACAAACAAUAUGAAGGUAAAUUCGAGAAUCGCUGGCAAGGGAAAAAGCAGUAAUGAAAAUUCUGAGGAAUAUACUAACGUCAACGUCACAAGGAAGGCACUGGCUGAUGUAAGUAAUCGUGGUGGGAACACUUUAAGGCCAACGCUUUGUGGCAGCAGUACGAUGAAAUGGAAGGGUGUGAAAUGUGCAAAUUUGCAAAGGAUUUCAGUUGGUUCUACCAGAGUUCAUGAUAUUUCUUUGAAAAAAUCUAUCAAGGAGAACGAGAGUAAGAGAACAACUGAAGUUGGAAACAAUCGCAUUUAUAAGACAGACGAUUCAAUUCUUACUUUAGGUCAGAAAUUUACCAAAAACAAAACUCUGAGCCUUGGAUCAACUGCUGGUGGAACAAGAGAAUCUUUACCAGCUUUAAAGAGAACAAGCCUCACAGACAAGAACACAAAAAAGGGCAAUGUCUCAAGCUUAGAUUCAAAACAAUUGGGUCAAGGUCCAGCUAGUAGAGUCAGCAACAAAGCCUUCCCGCAGCUAAGCAGUGCCAGAAGCUAUACUUGGAAAACUCGGACAAGUGUUGGCACUAUGCCAUCGGACCGCAACAACCAGAGUAAGAAUAACGUUAGUCUCGCAAGGAAAUCUAUCAAGAUCCAGACAACUGUGAAGACCUCGCUGCAAAACCGUAGUUCUCUUAAGAAGCCCCCGGUGGCCAGAAGUAAAUCAAGAUCUAUUCCUUCAAUCCCUUCUCCCGAAGAAGCUGCUUCGGCACUGUCACUUCCGGAACAAGUUGAACCAGAAGGUCUCAAAGAAGAUACUCAAGGAGAGAGUUCAUGCAAUGAAACAACAGAGCCAACGACGAAAGUGUUGAUGGAUGUUACAGCGAAGCCAAAAUCAAAACGUAGAAAGUCUUUCACAUCUCUACUAGUGGCUGGAUCAAAGUUCGAUGAGAAAGAUGGUGAAACUGCAGAGACAGUAAAGCUUCCCAACAUUGAUGAUGAAUCCAACCAGCUGGAAGUUGCAGAAUAUGUAGAUGACAUAUAUCAGUUCUAUUGGACUGCUGAGGCAUUAAAUCCAGUUCUAGGAUACUACAUGUCAACUGAGACAGAAGUUAGUCCAGUUACGCGUGGCAUUUUGAUCAACUGGCUUAUCGAAGUUCAUUUCAAAUUUGAUCUAAUGCAUGAGACUCUCUAUCUCACAAUGAAUCUACUGGACCGUUACCUCUCCCAAGUUCCAAUACAGAAAAAUGAGAUGCAAUUGGUCGGUAUUACUGCACUCUUGCUAGCAUCUAAAUACGAGGACUAUUGGCAUCCUAGGAUCAAAGACUUGAUUAGUAUCUCGGCAGAAUCAUACACACGACAACAAAUCCUGGGAAUGGAGAGGAUUAUGCUUAAACAGUUAAAGUUCCGUUUGAAUGAACCCACCCCUUACGUUUUCAUGUUAAGGUUCCUAAAAGCUGCUCAAUCAAACAAGAAGCUUGAACAACUCGCCUUCUACCUCAUCGAGCUGUGCCUGGUUGAGUAUGAAGCUUUGACGUUCAAGCCGUCGUUGCUCUGCGCAUCAGCCAUCUAUGUAGCCCGCUGCACUCUACAUACGACUCCGGUUUGGACCGCUCUCCUAAACAAACAUACCAACUACAAUGUCUCCCAAAUGAAGGAUUGUUCGGACAUGAUCUUAAGGUUCCAUAAAGCUGCCAAGACAGGAAAACUGAAGGUCACUUAUGAGAAGUACAUGAAUCCAAAUCUCAGUAACGUCGCAGUCUUGAAACCAUUGGAUAGGCUUCCUCUCUAA